AUGCCAGAUAUAGCCACCCGCCGCAAAAUCUGUGAAGACACAAUCAAGCGAUCAGAGCAGAUUGCAGCAAGCACACCAAAGGCCUCUUUAUCAAGCACUUUUAUCACGAGCACCACAUACCCUGAGCUGUCACCUUUGGACCCUUCAUUCCCAGACCUUGAACUUGAACGCAUAGAAGUCAUCGACUCAGACUCUUUCCUCUGCGCCCGAAACAUUCUUUCCAGGAAUUCUGACUUGCGCGACAAACUCGCCGUCUUAAACCUUGCGAGCGAUGAAGAGCCAGGAGGUGGAUGGAGAUACUCAUUGAGUAUGACGCAAGAAGAAGCAUUGUGUUACUCCUCUACUCUGUUCAAGACUUUGCAGCCAAAAUGGUAUCCCUGGGCAAAUACUGGAGAAGGCAGUAUAGCAGGCAUCUUCUCGCCGAACAUUGUGGUUUUCAAGGAUACUCUGGAUAAUGAGUGUGUGGAGUUGAGUAAAGAGCAAAGAGUGGUGGUUUCUGUGAUUACGGUUGCGGCACCCAGACGUCCUGAGCUUACGGAGGAUGGAAAGCGGUUCAGGGAUCAGAGUGUGUUGGAGGGGUUUCGAGAUAAGGUGAGGUUGGUGUUGAGGUGUGCUGCUGGGGAGGGCAAGACUGGGUUGGUGUUGGGGGCAUUGGGGUGUGGUGCGUAUGGGUGUCCUCCAGGGCUGGUUGCGGAGGAGAUGGAGGAUGUGUUGGGAGAAGAAGAGUUCAGGGGUUGGUUUGAGAGGGUGGUGUUUGCGGUUUAUGCGAAGGGACCUGUUGGAAAGAGAAACCUUGAGCUUUUCCGAGAGGUGUUUGGUGUUGGGCAGUGA